AUGUCAUACAGUCAAUUCCCCAAUCGCAGACGAGUGAUACAAGCAUGCGUAAACUGCCGUAUGCGCAAGACACGCUGUGACGCUGCUCAGCCAAGAUGCGGCCUCUGCGCUUCACAGAAUGUCGAUUGCGUCUAUCGAGAUGCAAAACAACCCAAGAUCGACUAUAAUACCCAAGUCCUCCUGGAGCGGAUGCAAAUUCUCGAAGAUCGCAUCCUUUCAUCAACCUCGUCAUCCCAGUCUCAAACAGCUUCGCUUGAAGCGUCAUCUAUGAGCCAUCAUGACCCAGAUGAGCAGCUCCAACAACCCGACAGCUUGCAUGACUCAGCCACCGAGGGCCGAGAGCCUGUCUUCGAAGUUCAAAUACCUCUAUCGCAUACGGCCAACGCAAAUCAUGUCUUCUCGUGGAACUUGGUCCAGACGCUUCUGUCAGAGAACAGCACAGAUCAGCGAGACUUGCAGAGCUACACAGAUGCAACUGAAGUCUUUUUCCAAGAGCAGCAGAACAAUAAACAUCCCUCGACAACUUCGCAGCCUCUUACCUCAUGGAAGCUUUAUGACAGCGACUACUUCAGCUCGUCCCGUGAGGAUACUAUAUCACGAUUGCAUGACUUGAUUCACCUCUAUUUUACCAAAGUCAACAUUUUCUUUCCUCUGCUAUCAAAAAGCAAUAUUCUCAAUAUCUUAGAAAGAGUCACAGCCAGAGAGCUUUAUGGAAACGACGAGACACCGGUGGUUGAUAUGCCGCAUUACGGCCUGCUUCUCGUGGUCCUUUGCCUGGCACUGCUGAGUUCGAGUGGACAGUCUGACAUAAGCAUCGAGAAGAACCGUACAUAUACUCCGGUCUUCUCAAGCGCCUCCAACAUGCAUGAGGAGCAGCUGAGAAGCGAAUUAUGGGAUAAAACAAGGUUUAUACUAGGUUACAUCUCGACUGAUAUGUCAUUAGAAGCUGCUCAGGCCAGUAUGCUUGCAAGCAUCUACAUGGGAGCUUCUGGUGCGGUAGCAGAAGCCUUUCACUGGGCGCAUGCAACGGCCGUCAAGUGCGAGAGCAUGGCCCGAUUACAAGCAAAGAGUGAGAGUAUCUCGGACGGUUUUCGUCGUUUGUACUGGAUCUCCUUUAUAUAUGAGUGUGAUUUCAUAUCUGAGUUAUCGGUCGUGUCACCAUCUGGUAUAGCAAGAUACGAAGACAAAAUCCCAUAUCCAGCCUUCACUGCUGAGAACCACCCUAUCUCGCCAUCUGUACCAGAGUCAUCAGAAGCCAGCUCGAUAAGGAGUCAAGAAGAGCUCGUUGCCUUUCAGAUCACUACAAACUCAGCCAUUAGACGCUUUCUAAAUACUGUCAAUAGUGUUGUUUACGAUGACAAGGAGAAGUUUCGGACAAGACGAUCGAACUACGCAUCUUGGCUACUCAGAAUAUCAGAAGAUCUAUGGUCUCAUCACUCCGCCAUAUAUCGCAACCUACCUGAGUUCCUCUUAAGCAAUCCCUCCCCAGAUGUUCCAAUGACAGGUGCUGAUACAAGCUCUCCUGCAAGCCUUCAAUCGCCAACAGCGCGCAUCCAGGGUAUCCCGGUCGGCAAUAACUCAUGGAACAUCUUAAGACUCAAGGGGAGAUAUUAUGCAGGUCAAUACAUUAUCCACAGGCCUUUCAUCGAAUUUAUUGUUCUCAAUAUCGACAACUUCGAGUCUCAUCCCUGCAAAGAAGCAGUUCUGAAACGAUCCAAGUCAUGUUUGGAUGGAUGCAUGGGAUUCAUUAAAGUAUUCGAUGUUGAGACGGUAAAUAGCUUGACAUGUUUGUUCCCGACUGGCAUGGUCACCUUUACUAUGACUAUUAUCCUGAUGGUCGCGACCAUCUUUCCGAUAUUCAGGGAUCUACUGCCCGACGAUGUUGAGGAUGCAAUCCUGGGUGGAAAGAGGAACCUAACUCGAUUCAGUCAGAGCGUGGCAGAGUUUUCAUGGCAUAUUGAAAUACUAGAGAGGCUGGAUGUGGCUCGAAGAAAUAGAAUGGCAAGAAACGAGAAUUGA